AUGUGUUAUCAUCAGGAGGAUGUUCCUGAUGAGUAUGGAGGUCAUGCAGAAGUUAGAUCACAAUCUUGUGCCAACUAUCUUUUAAUAGUUUCUCCUUUAAGGUACAGAAAAAGGACAAGGUCGCAAAGGCCCGUGAUGUUGGGGUCAACAGUAUUGUGCUUUUCCCAAAAGUUCCAGAAGCAUUCAAGGUUGCUAUCUAUUUUCUUAAAUGUGACCCCUACAGGAGAUGAAACAUAUAAUGAUUCCGGAUUAAUACCUCGAACGAUUAGGUUGCUUAAAGACAAGUACCCUGAUCUUAUCAUCUACACUGAUGUUGCUCUAGACCCGUAUUCUUCAGAUGGGCAUGAUGGUAUUGUUAGAGAAGAUGGAGUUAUAAUGAAUGAUGAGAUUGUGCGUCAUUUGUGUAAACAUGAUGUUUCACAGGGUACUAUAAUAGAUGACAAGGCUGCUGGACAUUCUAGAAAUUGUAUUCAGUUCAAAGGAUAG